AUGUGGAGUGUUCUAGAGCAGGGCGUUGGUUUGGGGCGAGAAUUCCGGCUCUUGCGCUUGUGGGCAGGCAUGUCUCAGGAGGGGACUGCAGAGGACUCCAGCACAGAGCACCCUGUUCUCGAGUCCCGACAGAGCUGCCAACUUUUCCAGGGUGAUGUGGGAAAAACCAGCUUCAAGUCAGGCCUGGCUCUGCCAGGGACAAGCCCUGGGGUCCCAGUGUGGGCUGGCAGCAGGAACAGGGUCCCUAGGGAAAGGGCCCAUCCAGGCACCGCUGCAGCCAAACUGGGGCGCCCGCCCCAGGCCCACUUGGUAUUGGGGGAGCUGCAAACUCCAGGACAGAGCAAGGAUUCAGCGCCUGGCGCUGGGGGCCACACCCAGCUGCCCAAAGAGGCUGCCCAGGGGAGGGCUCCAGCCUUCAGAAGGCUCCAGAUUGCCUUGCGGGACAUCCUAGCGGAAGGUUGGCCCACGAGUGAGUGUGGCAGGCCUGGGAGUCUCCCAGAGAGAGCUUCCAAGGGCAGCGAGGAGCUGGCGAGGGAUCGGAAGGUGUACUGCCUGAGGCCCAGACAGGCCAGAGCGGGUGGGAGGCGCUCCCGGGGGUGUGAGGGAAGAAGCCGCAGGGAAGAGGAGGCCUCAGGGGGGGGCCUGCCCUCCUCACGGAGCCCAGCGUCUGUGGGGACAGCCCAGAAGAAAAGGCAGCAUGAGGCCCGUUCAGAGAGUGGGGAGGGGGCUCGCAGCUUCCGGUGGCCUGCUCAGAGCCCUGGAGGGGACAGCACCUGGCGGGGGGCUGAGCUGGAGCCCUGGGGAGGCCUGUGCAGCCCUCUCUCCUCUAAGGACCCCAAGUUGGGGCCUGGAGAUCCAAGUGGAAGCUGUGUGGGAUGCGUCUCUGAGGCUGAGAAGUUGGAAUAUUUGCCCAGUGCAAGCAGCGGGGCUCAUCCAGGCAGCCCCUGUGGGCCUAGUGAGUCCCCACUGCUUGAAGGAGGAGAGUUCGUCCUGCCAGCUGCCCAGGGUUUUCCUCACAGCCUGGCGCUGUGCCGUGAAGUGCCUGGAGAGGCUUCCAGAGAGCAGCAAGAAGCUGGGUGCAGUAUCGGGGCUGGCAGUGAUGGUGGCCCUGUCACCUUAAACAACCAGGAGGAGCUGGAGGUCGAGGCUCAGCCAGUGUCCUCGGGGAGUCUGGGGCAAGGACUGGUUGCUCCCACUGACACUCCCAACAGCUCCCUGGAACCUGUAGCCAGCAAGGCUUCCUCAGCCUCAUGCAGGGGGCAGAGAAAAUCCCAAUAUGCUAAGAAGUUGGGAAAGGGCCUGGUAUCCCACCAGGGCACAGACAGAAACCCAGACAAGAAAUGCCAGGACCAGCUAGAGGAACCGGGCCAAGGAGUCUACCCCAGACUGGAGGAAAUGAAAAUGCCCAUUGGGGUGAAGCAUGUGUGUUACUUUGGUUCUGGGCCUGUGAUCCACCUCCUGGGGGCUCUCCACCAUGGCCAGGCAGGAGGGCCCCAGCCUCCAAAGCUGGAGACUCUGGAGAACAUGAUGGAGGUCAGCUCAGCCUCCCCUGCCAAGAGGCCCAGAAGGAAGGAAAGGCCCAUGGCCCGGGGCCCUGCCGGGUGCCAGUGUAGCCCAGAGGAGGCUGAAGACGAGAAUGGUGAACACGACAGGGGCGAAGAUGCAGUUCAGCCCUGGCCCCAACAGGAGAAGCUACCGCGGGACAUCAGGAUACGGGGAACUGUCGUCCAUGCCAUGCAGCAGGUGCUGUGGAGUCGCCUCAGGGAGCUCCCAGACAUGGUGCUGAGCGAGGAGGCGGUGCAGGGCAUCGCCACGGGCAUCGAGACAGCCCUGUUCGACCUGACACGGGCCACCAAUAGCCGCUACAAAACCAAGUACCGCAGCCUGCUGUUCAAUCUGCGUGACCCCAGGAACCUAGAUCUGUUUCUCAAAGUGGUUCACGGAGCUGUCACCCCCUACUGCCUGGUGCGGAUGAACUCGAUCCAACUAGCCCCCCAGGAGCUGGCCCGCUGGCGGGACCAGGAGGAGAAACGGGGCCUGGAGAUGAUUGAGCAGCACCAGAAGGACGCAUGCAAGCUCCCGGCCUCCAAAUUGACCCACAAGGGCGAAGUGGAGAUCCUGCGGGACACGGAUCAGACACGGACGCUGGAGGAGCUGGUGGGACUCAUGGUGUCCAUGGACUGCAGCCCACCAGCCCUGCCUGCCCCAUCAAAGGCCACCACGGAGCACGAGCGCACCACGGAGCAGCACGAGGGCCUCAGCUGCCAUGUCUGCAUGGACUGGAAGUCGGAGUGUAAACAGUCGGGCCCCUCCACAGCCACCAGCAGAAUGGGGGGCAGCAGGAUGGGGGACAACAUCUUCCAGAGAGUCGGAAGCCCAACCCCUGUGUCAGCUCCAGGAGGGCCCCAAAUCAGUGACAAAUCCCCCACAGAGCCCCCAAACAGGCUCCCGACGCUUGUGGGACCCACCACAGCCACCCCUAGCCAACCACCCUGGGAAGGGGCUGUGGACAUGUUCUCCAUCAAGAGGUUCCGAGCCAAGGCCCAACUGGUCUCAGGACACAGCUGUCAGCUCGUCAUGGCCCUGCCCGAGGUGAUCCGCUCAGCAGGCUGCAUCCCCUCCAACACCGUCUGGGAGCUUCUGGCCAACAUCUGCCCAGCCCAGGCCAAGGACGUCUGCGUGCUCAGGCUGUGCCCGCAGGGGCCUCGGGACACCCAGAACUGCCGCCUGCUCUACUCCUACCUCAACAACAAGCAGCGCCACGGCCUGGCCGCUGUGCAGCAGGUCGGGGUGGUGCUGCUGCCCCUGCCCGCCUUUCAGCCCCUGCCCAGCAGGCUGCGCCCACUUGGAGGUCCAGGUCUGGAUGCCACUCACUCGAGCUUGUUGCUGGCUGUGUUGCUCCCCAAGGAGGGGCUUCCAGACACAGCAGAGUUCAGCUCCUUGCAGGGGAAGGUUCGCAAGAUGGUUUCCUUCAACAAGAAAGUGGAGAUGAGAUGCUACCAGCCAGAGGCCGGGAGGCCGGCUGUGACGCCAAAGGGUGCCCUUCGCCCAAGGGAUGCCCUGCAGCAGAGUCAGGACAAAGGCAACCUGGCUCCAAGGGGAAUCUGUACAUGGCAGAGGCUCCCCAGAGGCAGGGGGAACCUGCGGGGUGAGCCUCAAAACUGGCAGCAUCCUGGGCCCGGGCAGUGGGCACACAAACCAGGCUGGUGCAAGUCGUGGCGUCCCUAUUCAGGAGCACCACCCGGCCAUGGCCAAAGCCAGGGCCAGCACCUCCACACAGCUUCCUGUCCCCACCAAGCCCUCCUCCAGCACCUCGAGUCCCUGGUGGCCCUGAGCCACCAGCUCCAGGGACUGGACCUGGAGAAAGCCAAGUGUCCCUUCACGUUGGACGUGGGUGUUCAGGGACUGCUGUCUUCCGGGCGAUGGCAGCUGGCCAGUUCCUUCCUGCUAGCCACCUGUGCUCCACAGGCCCACACACCCGUCACCAAGAAGUGCCAAGAAGAGGGGCGUCUGCCACAGGUCUCCUCGCCUCCCUCAACACUGGUUGGACCAGAUGGUGGAGGCCUUCAGGCCUCAGGAGAGCUCUUCAUCACCACUAACCUGCUGACAGAAUCAUGA